GAGGCCCAAUCAGCGGGCGAGAAAGUCGCGAGAAAUUACAUGGCGUCAAAAUCGUUACGCGAUGAUACGGCGGACAAGGACAGGACAUAGAGAUGAAGGCGCUGGGCCGGCUGGAUGGCCUCGCCUGGAAGAAUGGCCGGGCAGCUGUGUUGCUGUUUAUUGAGCAGCCGGAGCGUCGCCUAUUGACAGAACAGCUCCCUGCGUCUCGGCCUCGGGCUCACCCAGUUUGUCCACCGCCUAUCGCGUGUGAGAUUUCGGCGGCGUCUCUUAUUAGCGCGCGGUAAUGCAUAUCCUCUGUUCUCUACUUUAACCUCAUCUCUAAGUCUCAAUUGCGGUAGCAGGUAGUCGAUCUCCUCUUCUAUUCAUUGUUCAUUUAUUGCUAAUACCCUGCAGACUAAGAGGCUCAUGGCCCAUUCAUAUAACCUACUUCGUCAUAUUGAAUGCUACGGCUAUCUAUCUCGUAUACGAAACACGGUGUCGCAAAGUGAAUACGCUGCACACUGCUGCGUAAAUAUUCGGCGAGAUAAUGAAAUUGAUAACAUAGCGAUAGGUUCAAGCACAGCUUCCCUAUUUAUAUAUCUUCUUUGAUAACAAGUGGUGGCCUUGACGGGUAUGAAUGUACGGCGUAGUGGACGUGGCGAUCGAUAGUUCCCAACAUACUCACUCACUAGCUUUUAUCUUUACCACCAUCGUCAAGCCAGGGAGCACCCAUCAAACAUGACCAUAAACAUCAAAUACGGUGUGAGACUGUCAUCCAUUUGACGUGGUAAGUGGUGUCAAACAAGAUUAUGACAGGCAUCCAGCAGGAAGAGGCCGAGUGCUACUUGUGUUGUUGUCGUUUUGAUAGUGAGUUAUACUUAGUGAUGCUAACCCAGAAAAAGCUAGCUGCGACACACAAGUAGCCAAUCAUCAGGGGAAGAUGUAUCGGCCAAUCAGCGAGACAUCAGCUGACCCACUUCCCGCAACACACAAUACAACCACGAUAUCGCUAUACUGCAAUUUUAAUGGAUGGAGCAUAUUUGAUAUCCCUGCAAAGGACAGACGGCUGGCAGUAUUCCUCCAAGACGGGCAUGCCCUCGACUUCAUCUUUUUACGUUGGACCGUACUUCGCCUACUUUUUUCGGGGAGAGAAACAACCAUAUACAUAGCGCCCUGCCCACGCCAAAGCUCUCCACCACAUGAACCACAGCGCAUCAUCAUCAUACUAGCACACCGCUUCAUCUCUCACUACAGUGUUUCUCUGAUUGGGGAAUAUAGCCGUGGCAUCCGGAUAUACGUUGUCGGGAUGAAGCUCGUCCAGUAAUAGAUCCCCAGUGGCCAUGUCCGCAAUUCGUUCGAGCUCCGGCACGCACGCCAAAAGAAUUGCUGGUUAUCGCGGUGGGAAUGACAACUUCCAAUAUGACAUCAAAUGAUCCCAACGAUGGCCAAAUAGUUGUCGUUCACUGCCCGGUUGGACUCGGUUCGUGGAGAGGUGGCCUGACAGGCGAGGCAAAGCGUGUCUGUGAUAAUGCCAUUUUCGAGUGAGAUGAUAAUUCGGCUUAUCACUUACUCCGCUGCAGUGUGUGCUUGGUCUAAGAGGAUGAAAUUCUCUAAUCCAGCCUAGAAGCUGCAUGGCCCGCAAGUCCAAUCGGUUAAUAUUCCCCUUAACACAUAGGCAGAAGCCUGAAACGCAUCGAGACAGAGAUGAUAACACCUUGCAGAGUUUUAAGGGAAGUUACCAGAACUAAUAUCGACUCCGAUUAUAAGUAUAACAACAACUUGGUCGGAUGCUACGGGCGGACAAAUAA